AACGAUUGCAAUUGCAAUUGGCCGUCAUUAGCAGUCACUUCGCGUCGAUCAUUCACAGAGUUGGUUUUUAUUGUGGGGAUUUUGGCUGGACUGACCGGAUUAAAAUAUCAAUAUUAUGGGCGACAAAUGUGUAUUCUGCACCAUCUGUUCGGAGCGCUAUCAGGCGGAGGAUAUUAUUCUUGCUACAAACUGUGGCCAUGCCUUUCACGAGGAAUGUCUGCAACGAUGGCGAGAGGAGUCAACUACUUGCCCGAUUUGCCGCAAAAAAGACGUUCAGUGUUUUCAGCUCUAUUUAGACUUUGAGGAUUCCUCAUCCAACGAUCAAAGUCAAGGUCAGACAUCAGCAAUCUCCCCUAGUGAUUCAGCUUCCAAUAGCAGCAGAAACACUAACAACAACAACAACAACAACAACAGCGUUGCUAACGGGAAUAAGCCAGACGAGGGCGGGAGCGAUGGAGCCAACAGAGAAUUUGAGAAUCUGUUAUACGAGACGGGAAUAUAUCGUGAUGAGGUUGAUUAUCUGAAUCAACGCAUUAGUGCUUUAAUGACGCUGAAUUCGGACCUGGAAGCCUUGCUGCUGUUGCACUCCGAGGAAUCGGAGUCAGAUUAAUCUCAAAGGGAGACUAAUAAUUGGGCUAUACGCAUAUUAAAAAUAUACAUAUAUUUAAAAUA